GUUUCGUUUCCAACGCAGAGAGAGGUGCGCACCACUUGUGGAUUAAAUGGAGCUAACGGAGUUGUGUUUAUUUUUCACUUGUGCUUUUACAAAAGUGUGUUUGCCCAAUGGGAAGAGGAGGAGGAAGAGGAAGUGAUUCUGAUUCGGUGUUUUUUUUGUGUGUUCGGUUUCGUAUUCUCUGGAUUUUUUCGCCACUGCUGUCGUCAUCCGCCUCUGCCGAAGGGGCUUUGAACUGCGCCGAGCGUUCAACGGCUUCGCCCCCGCGUCCCGCCACCGUGCCCCUCUCUCUGGCUUUGCGUGCGUUCCCUGUGCAACUCCAAAAAGUGUGACGACGCCGUCGCCGCCGAAUGUCGUUUGGCGUUUCGAAUUAUCGCCGCGUUUUUGCCCGAUAAGUGCCCGUCCGCUGCAGUGACCCCCCCCGCGCACUUGCAAUCACAAUCAGUUGUUGGCCCGCCGCCGCUCUAAUGAACGUUGAACUGUAAAAAAUUGCAAAACCGUACGAAAAUAACAAACAAACGGUCGAGUAAUAAUGCUGUCGUCGCACUCGCACUCUUUUCUAUCGGGGACAUCCGCGUCGCUCCCUCUCGCUCACGCAUGGGAGCUUCCAGUGCAUUCACCUCUAGUGCUCGCCCGUUCGCACACCCUGCAUCUCUAUCUGGGAUGAUCGCCAAUGUUCCCGACUGAAACUAAAACAAUUCACAUGUGUAUAUAAUAUUGGUAGCAGCCAAAUUUUAGAGCCUCGGGAGGAAGUGUGAUCCAAGAUGUGGUAUCGGUUCCGUAAUCAAAACAACCCUCUAACCACCGAUCACGUCGGAUGUUUUGGAUGAACCAAGCGGGAGAUUACUCAUGCCCAAGAAGAGAAGUCAGCCAGUGCAUCUGCGUUGCGGAAGUACAACACGUCGAUGCUGCUCUCUGGCGUUGCAAAAAGCGAUUUAGUCAUGUGGUAGUCACUAUCUUCCGGUCUCUGCUUGGGAGAACCAUGGAGCUCCAGAAAGAAAGAGCGAGAGCUACGGCUAAGGGAGCUCCAAGAUCGCCGUACUUAAGCGACGAGCAACGGUCAAUCGGCUUUAGAGUUAUGCAACAUUCUCGGCGGCAGCGCUAGCAGCGACCUAUUAAAGACGCGCUGACCCGCUCCAAGUCACCACUGCCUCCAGAGAGCUCCAACGCAGUUGCAGGCAAGGUUUCCCCGUUAAGAAAAGCUCAAGGAUCUGCCACAAAUGUGCCCAGGAUACGCUGCCUAAACAAGUGAAAAAGAAAAACCAAAGGGAAUACCUAAGCUCAAAGUAAAGUGAAACGACCAUGAUGCACUGCCUCUGGUCGCAACUGCUGCUGGGCAUUAUGAUGGCCCUGGUCGCCCUGGCUGCCAGUCGUUCGGUGCGCCAAGUCGGCGGUGGCUAUCCGCCGGUACUCCCAGGUGGCUACUACGCUCAGCCGCCGCCGCCGCCGCCCCACUAUCCGGUCUAUCCGCCGCACUCAUAUGGCUAUGGCGGCUAUCAAGCUCAUGGCUUUGCUCCGGCUGGAAACUACUAUGGAGUGUAUCAGAGCUUUCCAGGAGGCGGUGAUCCAGUUCAGUUCGAUUAUAAUAAUCGUUGUUCGCGAAACUACAUUGGCAUCAAGCCACAUCCCGACCAGAAUCAGUACUAUUAUGUGUGCCAGUCCAACUGUGUGAUCUUUAGCAAGUGCCGCAACCACCAGAGCUUCGACCCAAACAGCAGACGCUGCGUGCCGCAGCAGCAGCAUCAGAUUCCCCAGACCUCGCAUCAUCCCCGUCCCAAGCAAUGCCAAAAAGAGGGUCGCUUCCCACAUAAGGAUGACUGUAAGGUCUACUAUCGCUGCGACAAGAACCAGACACAGCCCUGGCUAUUUGCCUGCCCUGUAGGAACCAUCUUCUCGCCGCUGGUACGCAAGUGCGUGCCCGGCGACCAGUGCCCCUCCACGGAGAUAUCGCCCAGCGGCAGCUACAUUCCACAAAACUGUGAGCUCAAGUUUCCCGUGUGCACUGAGGAGGGCACCUUCCGCUCGCCGACGGACUGCGCCCUGUACUAUACGUGCCGCCAGCAGGAGAACGGCAACUAUCUGCAGACGCGCUUUAAGUGCCCCGGCAGUAAUAGCUUUGAUACGGAACGUAAGCUCUGCCGGCCACGCAGCGAAGUAGAUUGCUACGACUACCCGCCGGCACUGCCGUAUUAUCCGUACUACCCGCCCUAUCCGGCUGCUCCGCUUUACGAGGAGGAUGACUACGAUACGGGAGCGGGAGCUGGAGUGGCGAAUAAGGAGCAGCCAGCCCUAAAGUCAGGAAGGUUCCAAGAGGACAUUGUCAUACUGCCCACGACGACGACCACAGAAAAGUCUCACUAUGGCUAUCCUUCGUAUUCCUAUGACCAUUCGUCCUAUUAUCGAAGUAAGGAGCCAGCCGCAGAGAGCUUACACGUCGAGGAUGAGAAAAUUGUCAAGCCAUCGGUGAAUGUUGUCAUCUUGCCUAGCUCCACACCGGCUACGACCAGCACCCAGUAUCAGUCUACGAAGUACCAAUACAAGCGGUUCACAGACACCCCCCAGCCAAAAGGUGCCGGACAGGGGCUGCAUCUAUCAAAUAAUAUUGUUAUUUUGCCAACUACUGAGAUCACGACCACGACGACGACAGCCAAGACUCCGGCACACACAUGCCCCACUUUGCCGACAACAACUUCAACUCAGAAACCGACGACCACUCCGAAUACCAGCACGGAACCGACAAGCACUCCGAAACCCACAACGACGACUCCCAAAACAUCUACAGUGACAACAACUACUACAAAGCCCACAACGACGACUCAAAAAAUAUCUACAGUCACUACAACUAGCCCAAAACCAACAACGACGACUCCUAAAACAUCUACAGUGACCACAACUACUCGUAAACCAACAACGACAACUCCUAAUCCAACAACAACGACUCGUAAAACCUCUACUGUCACUACAACUACCGCAAAAUCAACAACGACGACUGCUAUACCAUCAACGACUUCUAGAACAUCUACAGUGACCACAACUACUCCUCAAUCAACAACAACGACUGCUAAAACGUCUACAGUGACCACAACUACUGCAAAGCCCACAACGACGACUUCUAAGCCAUCAACAACGACUCCUAAAACUUCUACAGUGACCACAACUAUUCCUCAGUCAACAACAACGACUCCUAAAACAUCUACAGUGACCACAACUACUGCAAAGCCCACAACGACGACUGCUAAACCAUCGACAACGACUCCUAAAACUUCUACAGUGACCACAACUACUCCUCAACCAACAACAACGACUCCUAAAACAUCUACAGUGACCACAACUACUGCAAAGCCCACAACGACGACUUCUAAGCCAUCAACAACGACUCCUAAAACUUCUACAGUGACCACAACUACUUCUCAACCAACAACAACGACUCCUAAAACAUCUACAGUGACCACAACUACUGCAAAGCCCACAACGACGACUUCUAAGCCACCAACAACGACUCCUAAAACUUCUACAGUGACCACAACUACUCCUCAACCAACAACAACGACUCCUAAAACAUCUACAGUGACCACAACUACUGCAAAGCCCACAACGACGACUUCUAAGCCACCAACAACGACUCCUAAAACUUCUACAGUGACCACAACUACUCCUCAACCAACAACAACGACUCCUAAAACAUCUACAGUGACCACAACUACUGCAAAGCCCACAACGACGACUUCUAAGCCAUCAACAACGACUCCUAAAACUUCUACAGUGACCACAACUACUCCUCAACCAACAACAACGACUCCUAAAACAUCUACAGUGACCACAACUACUGCAAAGCCCACAACGACGACUUCUAAGCCAUCAACAACGACUCCUAAAACUUCUACAGUGACCACAACUACUUCUCAACCAACAACAACGACUCCUAAAACAUCUACAGUGACCACAACUACUGCAAAGCCCACAACGACGACUUCUAAGCCACCAACAACGACUCCUAAAACUUCUACAGUGACCACAACUACUCCUCAACCAACAACAACGACUCCUAAAACAUCUACAGUGACCACAACUACUGCAAAGUCCACAACGACGACUUCUAAGCCACCAACAACGACUGCUAAAACAUCUACAGUGACCACAACUACUGCAAAGCCGACAACGACGACUCCUAAGCCAUCAACAACGACUCCUAAAACAUCUACAAUAACAACAACCACUCCAAAACAAACAACGACAACUCCACCACCAACUACAACUACCAAAAAUCCGACCACAGUUACUACCUCGACCCAAAAACCAACAAGCACGACUCCUUGGUUAACAACGGAAAUCACGAGAACAACGGAAACGACUACAGUACUAAUUACCACUGAAAGGCCAACGACGACAACUCCAAAGACAUCGACUGUGACCAUAAGUACCCAGGGACCCACCACAACUGAGAAAUUGACAUCCGUGACGGCGACGAGCACUGUGACAACCUCACCGUCCCCCGACCACAAUAGCACAGCCACAACGGACUUGACGACGCGGCCCCACUGUCCCGACCCGGACUCCACCUCAGAUACAAGCACACACCCAGCAUGCACACCGACACAACACCUGCAGCCACUCCAGACCCAAGGACAACAGUCCAGCGUACAGUCACCCAACAACACACACACUGACACAGCGAAAACUGGGAACGGGAAUCCACUGGGGCAGCGGGAGGAGCUGCAUCAGCCUCUGCGGGCCAACAGUCUUCACUCCACAGUAGAGGCCUUGGACUACAUGGACGACGGGCCAUCGUUUUCCGCCGAGUCCGAGGCGGAAGCGGAAGCGGGACGGGCGACAACGGCCAAGGUACCGACCAUGUCCACACUGGCAGCUGCUCAAAUCCUACGGAAACUGUUCCACGUGAUCUCUACCACUACUCCAGCCAGCCGAGAGCGCGCUCUCACCCAGCGUCCGCCCGGUGUGACCAUUGCCCAGAUGGCCAGGCACAAUUUGGCCACUUCCAAGCCUUUUAUUGCCCACUCGCUGCGACUUUCCAUCCAGCAGUUGGCCUCUACACAGAAGCGUUCCGUCCAAUCAAAGGUCCUGCCGUUGGCAGCCAAAAAGGAGCCAGAAGAUUCGGAAUACUAUGACAGCGACACCUCAGAUCACCAGUAUGCCGAUGACGAGGACAACCAAGUGGUGGAGAGGCGGAGGGACACACCCAAGGCCAUGGCCAGUAGCACAACGAUGGCCGCUGUCAUACCAGCAGUCCAGGACUCCACCACGACCACGGAGCAGCAAGAAACUAGUUCCAGGCCGAGUUCUACAGCAAAGCCACUGGAGACGACGACAAUGAUGAAUGAUUCGGAAUAUUCCGACUCUGACUAUGCCAAUGAUGAGGCCGAGAACGAGAUUCCCGACGGAGUCAAGAGCCUGGAGGCACGAAAGAGUCUGUUGCUUAGUCUGCUGAAGGAGAGGCUGCAGCCACUGCCCGUGGCUCUGCCGGCAAUGAAGGCUGGUAGGAGUAGAAGUACAAAGACUAGUACUCGUACAAGUACAAGUUCUAGUACUAGCACAAGUUCUAGUACAAGUACAAGUUCUAGCACUAGCACUAGCACUAGCACAAGUACUAGGUCCCCCCUGACUUCGACUACGCCGCGCUCUAACCCAGAGGCAACACUUCAAGCUACAAAUAAAGGUCAACGAAGCUCGGAAUACUACGAUGAUGACGAUGAUUAUUUGGAGGAUGAGCCUGCCAGCCAUUUGGCGAACCAAAACACAACUGAAUUGGCCAAGAAGCCACCGACAGUGACUGCCAAGCGACAUGUAGUUGUUCUUCCACAGUCACAGUUACAGCCACAGCCACAAACACAGAAGGCUGUUCAAGUAGUAGCUUCUAGUGAACAGCCACUAGGAUUGAGAGAGAGUUCACAGCUACCCACUGCCAGCUUCCUGAGGCAGUCCUCCUCCGAAGCGGAUGAUGGAGCGAAGAGUAACAGCAAUUCCCUGGCAGAUGAAGCAAGCCGAAGACGUAGUUUCCUUGGCCGCAUCCUAGGACUCACUAGCAGAACCACCACAGUCAGUCCCAAGACGACGACGCACAACACACAGUCAACCAGAACACAUAGGACAUUAUCCACUGCAUCAUUUACAGCAUCAUCCACAGAAUCAUUCACAACAACAGCCACAGAAUCAUCACCAGUAUCAGCGAUACAGGGAGAUCCAACAAGAGUUCCACGAAGUUUUACGACAAACCUGCUGGAAAAAGCAGAAAAAGCUUAUGCUUUGAAGGCAGCCACAGAAACCAAGCCAAGAAAGGCAACAUCUACAGUCACACCGAGAACAGAAACACCAACCACGCCGCCGCCGCCGGCAGUUCACCAGGAAGUGUUGUCCGUGAACAGAAGGCCGUGGCUGCUGUCGGCGCGGAAUCAAACCGUUCAUCUAACACCCAUCGCCAUCACUUCUACCUUAAACCCAGUGAGCCAAGUUAAUAGUUCGAAAAUCCUCCGCCCGCUAGUGUCCAUACCCGAGGACUACUCCACCGAAAAGGUACCGCAGCUCAUCGUCAAGGUGUACGAGCCCAUCGACCUGAAGAUUGUCUUCUGUCCCAAGUCCUGUGACCAGGAACAUGACCACAAAUAUGACCCAGCUGAUAAUCAUAAGAAUAUAACCAGCUGUACUGGCGGUAACUGCGAGGAAGAGGAGAUCCGCAAGCAUGUGGAUAUCCAAUGGAAGCCACUGGAACUCAGCGACAUUGCCAGCUUUCGGAAUGCAGUCUAAAGGAGCCUUUAGUUUCCAUUAACUUUUAACCUAGAGCCUAGAC